AUUUACUUCUAGUUGUCUACCUAAAAAAUUGUAAAGAAAACAAAACAAAAAAAACCAAAAAAAAAAAAAACCUUUUUUUCUUUCGUUUUGUUUGUUGAUAAAUGGAACUAACGGCUGCGUCAUAGCAACAUUUUUUUUCUAGAGAGUAUGUUGGUUUGUUGACAAUUGAUAACUUUUACUUGUUCCCACUUUACAAUGUGGCUGAUCUGAAAUUGAUUCUAUUAACAAUUCUUUGUAAAGUAAGUAAGGUUCCUCUUUAGCAUAAAUAAUGGCAGCUGCAAUAAUGCAACAGUUCAUCAGUGGGCUUAAAUCUCGAAAUGAAGAUUCAAGGUUGAAGGCUGCUCGAGAUUUACACCAUUAUGUGACAUCUGAAUUGAGAGAGGCAUUACAAGAAGAUGUCAUUUCAUUUGUGGAUGAUUUAAAUCACCAUAUAUUUGACAUGGUCUCCAGCUCAGAUGUAAAUGAAAAAAAAGGUGGCAUUCUGGCUAUAGUUAGUUUACUUCAAGUAGAUGUUGGAAAUACCAAUGCCAGGAUGACUAGGUUUGCUAAUUAUUUGAAGAACUUACUCCCUUCCCAAGAUGUUGUUGUCAUGGAACUAACUGCAAGGGCACUUGGAAAAUUGACUUUAGUGUCAGGAAGCUAUACAGCUGAAUACGUGGAAUUUGAAGUGAAACGUGCUUUCGAAUGGCUCAGCGGCGAGAGAAAUGAAGGCCGCAGGCAUGCGGCGGUAUUGGUCUUACGAGAAUUGGCUUUAUCCACCCCCACUUUCUUUUUUCAACAAGUUCAGACUUUUUUUGAUGUCAUUUUUUAUGCCGUACGGGACUCUAAACUAAUGAUCCGUGAAGGUGCAGUUACCGCUUUACGUUCUGCUUUAGUCGUGACCUCUCAGCGAGAAACUAAAGAAGCGCAAAAGCCUACUUGGUAUAAGCAGUGCUUUGAUGAGGCCCAACAAGGUUUCGAGGAACCGUUGGCCAAAGACAAAGGGCUAACAAAAGAUGAUAGGGCCCAUGGCUCACUUCUGGUUCUUCAAGAACUCUUACGUUGUUCGAAUGCAGAAGGCGAACGACUCCUUGCUGAAUUAGAACAAUUGAAUUCGCUUCAUUCACAAACUGUUCAGGAUAGUCUAAUUUCUACCACAUCUCGAGUGUUGCCCAACGGGGCAGUUGAACUGAUCAACACUCCCUCGCUCUACAACAACUUGCGCCUGUUACCGGGACAUGUUGCUCAAUCGAGGAUAGGUAGUGCUGUGUCACCGCUGUCGAUUGUUGCACCUCAGCAGUACCCUAUAGUAGAAAGUGCUGCUUGCCGUCAGUUGACCGCUGAUCAUUUUGAUGACAUUUGUGCCAACACGCUUCGACACAGCAUCUCGAAAAGUGUCCAUGUACAGGCAGCCUUAAUGGGAAUUCUACCAAGGUUGGCUGCUUACGAUCGAACGCGCUUUUCCGAUAGGUAUUUAAAUACCACCAUGGGCUACCUGAUGACAUGCGUAAACCGGAAAGAAAAAAACCAACUUGCCUUGAUCACUAUUGGCUACAUAGCUGUUUGUAUUGAAGGAGAUAUUGCAAAAUAUCUGCCGGGUAUCAUUAACUAUAUUCGUACCACGUUACCUCAGAGCAAGGACCCAUCUACAAAAAAGCGCUCCACCCCUCCCGACGUUGCUGUUUUUGUCUGCCUGAGUUUGCUUGGCCGGGCCUUAGGGCGUUCUCAUUUAACAACCGAAUUCAAGGAACUGCUGGAUCCCAUGCUCUCCGUUGGGCUGAGCCCUGCCUUGACAACAUGUCUACGUGAACUGGCAUUGAGAAUACCUCUUCUUAAGAAGGAUAUUGCUGAAGGACUGCUGCGGAUGCUUUCAUUGGUUUUGAUGCAUCAACCGCUUCGCCACCCAGGAAUGCCCAAACACCUUAUGGCACUCAAUCCAGUUGCAAUUCAACCCCUAGCUUCGGCUGGAGACGACGUCAACAAUACUGUUUUAGCGCUGAGAACGUUAGGAAAUUUUGACUUUCAAGGUCAGCCACUGUUACUACAAUUCGUUCGCCAUUGCGCCGAUCACUUUUUGUGCAGCGAGCAAAGAGCAAUACGACUCGAAGCAGUACGGACUUGCAGCCAAUUGUUAAAGUGUGCACUGCAGGAAUCCGUAAAGUUAAAGAAGAAACCUCUGAGAAGUAGCGGAGUUCGGUUGGUCUCUGCUACUGUAGCCGAAGUCUUGAGCAAGCUACUCACCGCCGCAAUCACGGAUCCUGACGCCAGUGUUAGAUAUUGCGUAUUCGCAAGUCUCGAUCCUCAUUUCUUUUCCUACUUGGCGCUUGCAGAAAACCUCGGCUCCAUAACCGUCGCCCUGAAUGAUGAAGUCUUCGAGAUCCGUGAAAUGGCUGUUUGCAUCAUUGGACAUUUGUCUUCGAUGAAUCCAGCCUACAUCAUGCCUGCUCUGAGGAAACUAUUAAUUCAAUUGCUAACUGAACUGGAACAUAGUGGCAUGGGUCGGAAUAAAGAGCAAAGUUCCAGAUUGCUUGGCCGCCUGGUUUCCUCUGCACCCAGACUUAUCAAACCUUAUAUGGAACCGAUUCUAAAAAUUUUGGUCCCAAAAUUAAAGGAAAAUGACCCUAAUCCCGGAGUUACAAUUGCUGUUCUCACUGCAAUCGGAGACUUAGCUCAAGUUUCUGAGAGUGAAAUGAGGCUUUGGAGCCCUGAACUACUCCCAUUGCUGUUGGAUAUGUUGGCUGAUUCUAGUCUUCCGGCGAAAAGAGAAGUAGCUUUGUGGACCUUGGCACAGUUAAUCGAAAGUACUGGAUGUGUGAUUCAGCCCUAUCAAGAAUUUCCAUCAUUGCUUGAGCUGCUGCUUAGCUUUUUAAAAACAGAGCAGCUCGUCUCUAUUCGCCGUGAAACCUUAAGGGUAUUGGGUUUGCUUGGAGCGUUGGAUCCUUACAAACAUAAAAUGAACUUGGGUCAUAUUGAUAGUCAGGGCGACUCAAGUGCCGUUAUGUCGAUGUCGGAUGGUCGGGAUGCAGACUCUUUUAUGGAUUCAUCGGCAAGCGAAAUGUUAGUCAACAUGAAUUACUCCUCGUUAGAAGAAUUUUAUCCUGCAGUCGCAAUUGCAACUCUUAUGCGUGUAGUAAAGGACCAGACUCUUUCCCAGCAUCAUAACACAGUCGUUAAUGCAGUGAUGUUCAUCUUUAAAUCGUUGGGUGUUCGAUGUGUUCCUUACAUUAAGCAAGUUGUCCCUAGUUUUGUGAAUGUCGUUCGUUUUACCCCACUAACGGAGGUUUCUCUGAAAGAAUUCCUGUUCCAGCAACUUGGAUUUCUUAUCGCUAUUGUUAAGCAACAUAUUCGCCCAUAUUUGGAUCAGAUCUUAGAUCUUGUGAAAGAGCAUUGGACUGUUAAUAGUCCAUUCCAAAUAACGAUUAUCUUAUUAAUCGAACAUGUAGCUAUGGCAUUGGGAGCUGAGUUUAAGAUGUACCUACCUCUUUUAGUUCCACUAAUAUUGCGCGUGUUAACACAUGAUGCCAGCAAGGACCGCAGCGUUACUGGUAAACUACUUCAGGCGGUCCAGAAAUUCGGGAGCAAUUUGGAAGACUAUCUUCAUCUACUGCUGCCACCAAUUGUUAAAUUAUUUGAUGCCAUUGAUGUGAACAUUAAUGUACGACGCACCGCUCUAGAGACGGUGGAUUUCAUCAGCGACACGCUUGACUUGAGUGAUUUUGCUUCACGCAUCAUUCAACCAUUAGUACGUUGCAUUGAGAACACCAGCGAAUUGCGUCCAGUUGCCAUGGAAACUUUGGCGUCAUUAGUUGCUCAAUUAGGAAAGAAGUAUCUUAUUUUCAUACCCAUGGUACAGAAAGUCCUGGUUCGUCAUCGAAUUCAGCAUCAACGAUAUGAUGUGUUAGUUGCCAAGAUUUUACAUGGUGGCGGUUCAGUCGAUGAAGAAGACUUAUCCGCAGCUCGCCAACGGCGAGGGAAUUCUAAAGCGAAAGAAGGGUUGAUUUCAUCGGAUACCACUGCGGUCAAACGAUUACACGUUGCCGCUAAUAAUUUGCAACGAGCUUGGACAGCAACGCGGCGAGUCUCAAAAGACGAUUGGCAGGAAUGGCUUAGAAAGUUAAGUUCAGAAAUGCUCAAGGAAUCGCCGUCUCCGCCCCUAAGGUCUUGCUGGGCACUAGGUCAGAGCUAUAUUCAAUUGCCUCGCGAUCUAUUUAAUGCCGCGUUUGUAUCGUGUUGGACGGAGCUAAGCCAGCAGCAUCAGAAUGAACUGGUUAAAAGCCUGGAACAAGCACUCCGUGUUCCGGACCUCCCUGAAAUUACCCAAACUAUUCUAAAUCUGGCGGAGUUUAUGGAGCAUUGUGAAAAGGGUCCUUUACCUUUGGAUGCCAAGUUGCUUGGUCAAAGAGCUAUGCAAUGCAGAGCGUAUGCCAAAGCACUUCACUACAAAGAAGCAGAGUUUCACGAAUCACCCACUGCUCAGGUUUUGGAGUCACUUAUAUCAAUCAACAAUAAACUUCAACAAAAAGAAGCGGCUGCCGGACUGUUGGAAUAUGCAAUGAAAAAGCAUGAAGGUGAAAUCCGAGUUCAGGAGAGAUGGCACGAGAAAUUGCACGAUUGGGAAAGAGCAUUAGAAGCCUAUAGAAAAAAAGAAAUUAACCAACAACAACAGGAACCAGAAUUAGUGCUGGGUCAAAUGCGAUGUCUAGAAGCACUGUGUGAAUGGGGACAACUACACACUUUGGCUGAAGCGAAUUGGAAACAGGUAAAUGCUGAUGUCAAGAACCGAUUUGCUCGCAUGGCAGCCGCUGCUGCGUGGGGUCUCGGAAAAUGGACUGCUAUGGAGGAAUAUGUAAAUUUCAUUCCGAAAGAAACUCAGGAUGGUGCAUUUUUUCGUUCCGUAUUAGCAAUUCACAGGGAGCAAUACAGCCAAGCUCAAACACUGAUUGACUCGGCUCGUGACCUCCUGGACACCGAACUGACGGCGCUUUCGGGCGAAAGCUAUCAGCGUGCAUAUGGAGCAAUGGUCUUAGUCCAGAUGCUUGCUGAACUAGAGGAAGUCAUUCAGUACAAAAUUCUUCCGGAAAGAAGAGGUCCCAUUCGAAAAAUAUGGUGGCAACGCCUUCAGGGAUGUCAGAGAAUUGUAGAAGAUUGGCAAAAAAUCAUCCAGGUACACUCCCUGGUCAUUUCGCCUGAAGAAGACAUGCGAACUUGGUUAAAGUAUUCGUCGCUUUGUCGUAAAUCUGGCCGUCUGGCACUCUCACAUAAAACCCUGGUGACUUUGCUCGGUACUGAUCCUUCAUUGAAUCCUGACCACCCGUUGCCUACGUUACAUCCUCAUGUAACUUAUGCGUAUUCAAAACAUCUUUGGAUGUCAAAUCAAAAAGAGCAGGCUUUCAGGCAGUUACACCAUUUUGUACAAGCCUCACUGCAGCCGCAGUCACUAUCCUCAAUAUCAACCACUCCUGUGUCUACGCCAGAGGAACCAGACCGACAAGUUGAAUUGGGAAAACUACUAGCCAGAUGUUAUUUACGACUUGGUCAGUGGCAGGAAUGCCUCCAGGGUAUCAACGAACUAUCGAUUCCUGCUGUUCUUCAGUAUUACGCUGCAGCAACAGAACAUGACUCAACUUGGUACAAGGCAUGGCAUUCCUGGGCUUACAUGAAUUUUGAAGCAGUUCUAUUUUACAAGCAUCAAGGGCAAAAUACUUCAGCUAAUCAUACGUUGAUGGGAGAUGUUAGUGCAAGCGGUGGACUGACCGCUCAACAUGUAUCGUCUUACACAGUACCUGCUGUACAAGGAUUUUUUCGCUCAAUUGCUUUGUCACAUGGGAGCUCACUGCAAGACACUCUUCGUCUCUUAACGUUGUGGUUUGAUUAUGGGCAUUGGCCAGAGGUGUAUGAGGCACUUGUAGAAGGCAUAAGAACCAUUGAUGUCAAUACCUGGUUACAAGUGAUUCCACAACUUAUUGCUCGUAUUGACACGCAACGCCAAUUAGUAGGAAGACUCAUCCAUCAACUAUUGAUGGAUAUAGGAAAGGCGCAUCCUCAGGCCCUGAUUUAUCCGUUGACAGUGGCUUCUAAAUCAGCCUUACAAGCCAGACAUAACGCUGCGAACAAAAUCUUGAAGAACAUGUGUGAACACAGUCCCGUUCUUGUCCAACAGGCUGUGAUGGUCAGUGAAGAAUUGAUCAGGGUAGCCAUAUUAUGGCACGAAUUGUGGCAUGAAGGGUUAGAGGAAGCUUCUCGGCUCUAUUUUGGUGAGCGGAACGUCACAGGUAUGUUUGCAACGCUGGAACCACUUCACGCGAUGCUAGAGCGAGGACCACAAACCCUUAAAGAAACAUCUUUUCAUCAGGCUUACGGACGGGAGCUGUUAGAAGCUCAAGAUUGGUGUCGACGUUAUAAGACGUCGUUGAAUGUUCGAGAUCUUAACCAAGCAUGGGAUUUGUACUACCAUGUUUUCCGGCGCAUUUCACGACAGCUGCCUCAACUUACGAGCUUGGAACUUCAAUACGUUUCACCAAAAUUACUCCUGUGCCGAGAUCUUGAACUAGCAAUCCCGGGAAGCUAUGUACCCAAUCAGCCUGUAAUCAGAAUAUCGCAAGUUAACAGUUCGCUGCAGGUUAUAACUUCUAAACAGAGGCCUAGGAAACUGUGCAUCACUGGUAGUAACGGCAAAGAGUACAUGUUUCUCUUAAAAGGCCACGAAGAUCUCCGACAAGAUGAGAGAGUCAUGCAACUUUUCAGUUUAGUAAACACGCUAUUAAUUCAUGAUCCGGAGACCUUCCGUCGGAAUCUUACCAUUCAAAGAUAUGCAGUUAUUCCCUUAUCAACGAACAGUGGAUUAAUCGGUUGGGUUCCGCACUGUGACACUUUACAUUCAUUAAUACGUGACUAUAGGGAGAAGAAAAAAAUUCUUCUAAACAUUGAGCACCGAAUAAUGCUUCGAAUGGCUCCCGACUACGAUCACUUGUCCCUCAUGCAGAAGGUAGAAGUGUUUGAACACGCCCUUGAACACACGCAAGGUGAUGAUUUGGCCAAGAUCCUAUGGUUGCGAUCUCCGUCAUCCGAAGUCUGGUUCGAUAGACGAAUACAUUUCAAAAGAUCCCUAGCUGUUAUGUCGAUGGUUGGAUAUAUUCUUGGGUUGGGUGAUCGUCAUCCAUCCAAUCUGAUGUUAGAUCGUUUAAGUGGCAAGAUACUUCAUAUAGACUUUGGUGACUGCUUCGAAGUUGCCAUGACUCGAGAAAAGUUCCCGGAAAAAAUUCCUUUCCGAUUGACCCGCAUGCUUGUUAACGCAAUGGAGGUGACUGGAAUUGAAGGAACUUACCGUAGCACUUGCGAAUCGGUAAUGGCUGUUCUCCGUGGAAACAAGGACAGUUUGAUGGCUGUAUUGGAAGCCUUCGUAUACGAUCCCCUCUUAAAUUGGAGAUUGGUGGUAGAUAAUGUAGCAAAUACGAAAACCACUCGACGGUCAAAAAGCAGACAUGAAUCUUCGUCAAAUAAUAGUGCCCAGGGUGAUGUUGGGGAUAGCAUGGAAAUAACCGCAAAUGCAGCAGCAAAUUCAAGCAGUGUAUUGAAUGCUGCCAUCAGUAGAAGUAAAAAUGACAUAGCAGAAGCUACUGCCAAUGACGGACCUCAGCCUGAAAUACUAAACAAACGCGCCUUGACUAUUGUUAGCCGUGUACGAGAUAAGUUGACUGGGCGAGACUUUCCUAAUGAAACUGAAGGAACACUAGGAAUUGACCGGCAAGUGGAACUUCUGAUUCAGCAAGCAACUUCCCAUGAAAAUUUGUGUCAGUGUUACAUAGGCUGGUGUCCGUUUUGGUGAAUACCGGGUUAAAAGGAAAAUCAAGUUUGUGCGUUUACGGACGAUUUUGCUUCGUGCGUUUUGUGGAUUCAGUUGGAAUUCUUAUUUUUCAAAAUUCCUUUAAUAGUUAAUUGUUGAAGUUUUAAAAAAAAAGGAAUACAAUGCUCAUUCCUUCAA